AACAACAACAAAAACAAUAACAACAACAAAAAAGAGUCAUAGAACAUAGGGCCAUGAACAUUAGCACGUGUUUUAUGGCAUGUGUUUUGUGACAUGUUCAAUCCCUAGAAGCAGCAGAACAAGAAGGCACAGGAUGGUUAUGGCUAUCAAGGUCUAUACAGGUAACUGGACAGUGUUUUUCAAGACAAAGUGCUGGGCAGUGUGCAAGCAGCAGGAGAGAGUGACAGGCCACAUUUGGGGGGAAAUUCUGAAAAGAAAGUGCAGGGAUGGUGACUUUAUGGAGGAGUGAGCUUUGCUUAGAGAAUAAGCUGGUGCUUAGGGAGUAGAAUGGUUAGAGCUCUGGAAACACCUUAGUAUGUGUUCAUACUAAUAUCAGCAAGUGGCUGAUAGGGUUGGAGAUUAAUGCUGUAGACUGGAGUAUACUGAGGCCACUGAGGUCCACUUUGAAUGAUGUGUGUUUUAUGCAAACAUACAAGUAUGUGUAUUUUAGGCAAACAAGGCUGGCAUAGCUGAGGAGGGACUUGGUUCUCUGGCUAUCAGUUACACAUUCCAGUUUGAGUCCAUGAUCAGCAAGGCUGUCUCCUGCUCACCUUUAUAGACCCACAUAUACUGAGGGAGUAAAGUCAGGGUAUUCUCUUGUACUUCCUCCCUUCUCCUCUUUGUCCUCUUCUUUUUUAUUUCAAGACAAGCUGGCCUUCAAUUUAUGUAUCUCAGGCUGUAUUCAAAUGUUUCCUAAUCUUCCCGAUUCAGUCUCCCAGAGUAACAGCACCUAGCCCGCCCCCUCUUUCCUCAAGUGUAGGGUAAGGGACAGCUCACUGUUAGAGCGCUUACCCACCAUGUGCAAGGCUCUGAUUUGGGUUCCUAGCACUGAAAAAAACAAAACAAUUUUCCUGAGCUCUGAAGUCUAAAAGCUGCAGGAUAUCCUGAGACCCUCUGAGUUUUCAUAAAGAUUGGGACAGUGGAGACAGCAAAAUGGCACACAGCCCCAGCUAGCUGACUUCAUGUGAAAGAUGGCCAAUGCGGAAGUGAGCGUCCCAGUGGGAGAUGUGGUUGUGGUGCCCACUGAAGGAAAUGAAGGGGAGAACCCAGAAGACACUAAAACUCAAGUGAUCUUGCAGUUGCAGCCUGUGCAACAAGGGAUUUAUGAAGCCGGGUCGGAGAAUAGCGCAGCAGUUGUAGCUGUAGAGACCCACACGAUACACAAAAUCGAAGAAGGAAUUGAUGCAAGCAGUGUAGAAGCGACCGAGGAUAUGGAAAUCGCUUACCCUAUCACCUGUGGAGAGAGUAAAGCUGUCCUCCUCUGGAAGAAGUUCGUGUGUCCAGGAAUAAAUGUGAAGUGUGUCAAGUUCAAUGAUCAGUUGAUCAGCCCCAAGCAUUUUGUUCAUCUGGCUGGCAAGUCCACUCUGAAGGACUGGAAGAGAGCCAUCCGUCUAGGUGGCAUCAUGCUCAGGAAGAUGAUGGACUCUGGACAGAUCGAUUUUUAUCAGCAUGACAAAGUUUGCUCCAACACCUGCAGGAGCACCAAGUUUGACCUUCUGAUAAGCAGUGCGAGGGCUCCAGUGCCUGGACAGCAGACAAGUGUGGUGCAGACCCCCACCUCGGCCGAUGGUAACAUCACACAGAUUGCCAUCUCAGAGGAGAGCAUGGAAGAGGCGGGGCUGGAGUGGAACUCAGCCCUCACUGCCGCUGUCACCAUGGCCACAGAAGAGGGUAUAAAGAAAGAAUCUGAAGAGAUUUCAGAGGACACUUUGAUGUUCUGGAAGGGGAUAGCUGAUGUAGGAUUGAUGGAGGAGGUCGUCUGCAACAUACAGAAGGAAAUAGAAGAGCUUCUCAGGGGAGUGCAGCAGCGGCUCAUUCAUGCACCUUUCCAGGUUACAGAUGCUGCUGUUCUAAACAAUGUGGCGAACACAUUUGGCCUAAUGGACACAGUCAAGAGAGUUUUGGACAACAGACGGAAGCAAGUGGAGCAGGGGGAGGAGCAGUUUCUCUAUACCCUGGCAGACUUGGAACGGCAGUUGGAAGAGCAAAAAAAGCAAGCCCAAGAUCCCAGACUGAAAUCCCAGACGGUUCAAAAUGUGGUACUGAUGCCUGUGAGCACCCCAAAGCCUCCAAAAAGACCCCGGCUCCAGCGGCCGGCCUCCACCACUGUCCUGAGCCCUUCUCCUGUCCAGCAGCCUCAGUUCACUGUCAUCUCUCCCAUUGCCAUCACCCCCGUGGGCCAGUCCUUCUCCAUGGGCAAUAUCCCAGUGGCUACCCUCAGCCAGGGCUCCAGUCCUGUGACUGUCCACACGCUGCCUUCUGGCCCUCAGCUCUUCCGCUACGCCACAGUGGUUUCCUCUGCCAAGAGCAGCUCACCAGAGACAGUGACCAUCCACCCUUCAUCAAGUUUGGCACUGCUGAGCUCCACUUCCAUGCAGGAUGGGAGUACCCUGGGCAAUAUGGCCACCAUGGUGAGCCCCAUGGAGCUGGUGGCCAUGGAGUCUGGCCUGACUUCAGCAAUCCAGGCUGUUGAAAGCACCUCUGAGGAUGGGCAGACCAUCAUUGAAAUUGACCCUGCCCCAGACCCUGAGGCUGAUGAUACUGAGGGCAAAGCAGUCAUCUUGGAGACAGAGCUGAGGACUGAGGAGAAAGUGGUAGCCGAAAUGGAAGAGCACCAGCAUCAGGUCCACAAUGUGGAGAUUGUGGUCUUGGAGGACUGACUGGGGAUGGGCGAGAGCUAUGUUUGGGUUGGAACUUUAAUUAUGUUUAUUUUUAUCAUUGUCCCACUCAUUUCCACAUAGAACCUUUGUUUU